GUCGUCCGUCCUAAGACGCUUCAGUGUGCACAGUUCUCCCCAUUUUUCCCGACACAGUAUGAACUAGCAGAAGAAAAUAAUGGCGGCCUAGGUCGCGCUUUGGUGUGGGAAAUUCGGAUAUCCGAAUACAGGGAAGGGAGGAUCCAGAGCCGGCGGGAGGUCCACUCCCCCGUCUUCUUGCUCCCUUUCCGUCGGCUCAUUCGGGCCUGGGCCGGGCAGAAAGAAUUGCGCGACGACGAGAAGGCUGAUUCGGGCUUCCUGUUUAGGGAGGGAGGAGGGAGGAGUGAGGGAGAAGCAAUCGGAGUUGGAUUUGGUCGGCGUGGUGGCAGGGUGGCAUGGCGGGCAUCCAUCGCUCGUCAAGUGCUUCCUCUAAGACAGGUCUUCCUCCCCAGGAGCUCCUCGACGAUCUUUGCAGCCGUUUUGUUCUGAAUGUCCCUAAGGAAGACCUACAGUCUUUUGAGAGGAUAUUGUUUCUUGUAGAGCAAGCCCAUUGGUUUUAUGAAGACAACUCAGUGGAGCAGAAUCCAUCACUCAAGUCACUUUCUCUGAGGGAAUUUACCUCUUUGAUGUUUAAUAGCUGUGCAGCACUUAGACCGUAUAUUGCUCAUAUUGAUGACAUAUACAAGGACUUCACAUCCUACAAAGUUCGGGUACCAGUGACGGGUGCAAUUAUUUUGGAUGAAUCCUAUGAGCGGUGCUUGCUAGUGAAAGGUUGGAAAGCUGGUGCAAGUUGGAGUUUUCCCCGUGGAAAGAAAAACAAGGAUGAGGAGGACCACGCAUGUGCAAUCAGAGAGGUAUUGGAGGAAACUGGGUUUGACAUUUCCAAGCUUUUGAAGUUGGAAGACAAUAUUGAAGUUGUAGUAGGGCAGCAAAGAGUGAGACUCUACAUUAUUGCUGGAGUGAAGGAAGAUACGGUCUUUGCACCUCUAACGAAGAAAGAAAUAAGUGAAAUUUCUUGGCAUCGUCUUGAUGAGCUUCAGCCAGCUGGUAAUGAUGUAAUAUCCCGUGGAUCAAAUGGGUUGAAGCUGUUUAUGGUGGCCCCCUUCUUGAUGCCUCUUAAAGCGUGGAUUUCUGCACAUUAUCCUACAGGUCAGAAAUCUGAUGUGUCUGUGAAAGGUGCAACAUGCUGGAAGGCAAAGGCAAGCUCAACUGGAAGCAUGAGUGAUGCAAUACCCUCUACAACUGUUGUAGAUGGGGGUGCCAGUGCACCUUCGACUGUCAUUAGUCCUGGUAAAAUCUUCAGAAACUUCAGAUUUGAUUCUGGUCUCAUUGUAAGGGCUCUGGAAGCUGCCUUUGCCAGCAGUUAGCUGGUGUUUCGUAACCCCUUGUAUAUGAAUGGCUAGAUAACUGUUCUUCUCUUAAUGUGGAAAUACAAUUCUCUAGUUUAUUUA